AACAUCUUAUGGUAGCGGUUUUGUACUGCUUAAAAGAAACAUUAUCAGAAGAAAUCAUGGAAGUUUCAGUUUACAUUAUCAUAAAAAAAAAAGAAAAAAAAAUGGGGUGUGAAGCAUUAUCAAUUAUGGACCACCGACUCUAUCGUAGGGUUGAAUAAAAUAAUUUUUGUUCUGUCUUUUUAUCCAAGAAAGGAGAACAUAAUUACUCACUCGCUAAUGUCUAGUGCAAAAAUCGACCAUAGAAAAAUUGUCGAAUCAACGUCAAAAGUUAUUAAUUUUACGCAUCGAUGCGUAUAACGACAAUUCGAGUUUAUAAAGUAAAUUAAAUAAUAUUGCGUAUCGUGGUUAUAAAAAUAAGCACUCUUAUUUUUUAGCGUAAUUAUAAUAUGUAUAAUUCAAUGUUUUUUUUUUCUUUUUUCUUCAAAGGAAGUCAUUCUUACUCUUCGUACCACCCAGACAUUUCUCCUUGUUUUAUUCCAAACUUUUUCUUGUCGUGGACAAGAAUUAGAUUAAUAACAUACUGAAACAUACCGUCGUUGCUGCCUCCCUCUUUUUUCAGUGCUCAUUAGUGUAAUUUAAUAACGUUAUAUUAAUAAAUAUUUCAACACUAAUACACAGAACGCAAAUAGCAUACUUAUGUGUACAAGGAUAAUUAAAAAAAAAAAAAGUUACAUAUGUUCCAUCUGGUAACUUCUGUAAGAGUUACAUAAGUUUUUUAAAACUUGUUCUACUUGCGAUGUUCGUAACGUCGUUCGCCUAUUAUAAAUACGUCGUGUCGUUUGAUAAGUGUUCGAACGCUUGAUAAAUAUUCGAUACCUUUUAUCUUGUUUCUACAAAAUAAGCCCAUAUUCAUACAGCUGUUUGUUUCAUAAGAAUUUUGGUAUCAUAACCUUACAAUUGUCAUCCAAAUUUUGUCAAAAUGAUGCAACAAUAUAUGAAGGAAUUAGAACAGGAUCCAUUUGAUCCUGAAGAAUUUGUUGAAAGACUUGCUUGGCGAACAGUAAAUGAUACUACGAAAGACGGUGGAAAAACAUUCUUUGACCCCAUGAUAGUGCACGAGACGUUUCUGCAAGCAAUAAAAGAUUUACAGAUUUUACAAGAACGUCAACAGAAAAAAUGCGACAAGCUUGAAGCGGCAUUAAAGGACGAGGAAGCAAGGCACACGCUCGAAAUUCUCGAGUUACAAGAAAGAAAUAAGCAUUCGAUCGAUUUGUUUCAUCAAUUAGAUGAAAGAAUAAAUCUUGUUGCUACUAAAGUUUUACAUCUAGGUGAUCAGCUGGAAAGUGUUAAUACACCGAGAGCUAGAGCCGUAGAGGCUCAAAAAUUGAUGAGACAUUUCUCAGAUUUUUUAAGUCCUGGACCUUUGACAGAUCCUAUCUUUACAGAUAAGUCAUCGCUGGAUGAAGCAGCCGAUGUGAUACAGAAGCUCCAUCUUAUUUCGCAAGAAUUGCCCUCAGAGAAAUUUGAACAUGCCAAGAAAAAGAUUGCCGUUAAAUACGAUGAAAUUGAAAGAAAUCUUAUAGAAGAAUUUGUCAGGGCGCAUAACAGAGAAGAUGCUAAUCGUAUGAAAGAAUUGGCAUCAGUUUUAGCACACUUCAAAGGAUAUUCUCAAUGCAUAGAUGCAUUUAUAGAACAAAGUCAGAUGGGUUCGUUCGGGGGGAAAGAUGUUUUUCAAGACGUGAUACCUAUGUGUACAAAGUACCAUAAAUUAAUGCAACAAGUAUUUACGAAUCCUGAACAGGUGAUGGCAAAGUUCGUGCUAAAUAUCUAUCAUUUAAGACUCCAAAAGUAUGCAGUUGCUAAAUUAGCUGAUAAAACUGAUUCUGAUAAGUACCUCAGAAACUUGUAUGACUUGUACACAAGGACUGUAAAAUUGUCUACAGAAUUAAAAAUAUUUAAUAUGGGUACUGAUGGCACGUAUCUUGUAAAACUCACUAGAAAUAUAUUUCAAAAAUAUUUGGACACUUACAUUACUAUUGAAACGAAAGCAUUGCGGGAAAAGUCGGCAGCUCUUCUCAUCGAGUAUUAUGAAUCUAAAAAUCAUCAAAAAAAGCAGUUACAAUCUGGUGGCUUCCAAGAAUUACGAAGAGACUUACAAGCAGUUCUAAGCGCAAGAACUAACAUAAAUAUUGCUCAGAUAGAAAAUUAUGGCGGGGAGACAUUUCUAUCGGAAGAACUUGCAAUUGCUUUAUUACAAAAAAGUAAAUUGGCAUUUCAAAGAUGCCAAUUGUUAUCAAAGCCUGAUGAAGUACCGAUAAACGCACUUCAAAUUCUAGAAAUAUUAUUGCAGUACUUAAUAAGCGAACAUGUUGAUUAUGCGUUAGAAUUAGGUUUGCAAAGUGUUCCAAUUCCUGAAAGUAGAACCCAACCAGAGAUACACUUUUUCAAUGUUGUACGUCAAUGCAAUGCGAUUGUACGCCUUUUAGAUGAACAAUUUAAUGACAGUCUCAUACCUCUUAUCACGUCGACGCCAAAGCACGGUGAUUGUAUGUUGAAAAAGAAAGUUGUAUUAGAUCAAAUUGAAUUGAAAUUAGAAACAGGAUUAGACAGAAGUAUAAAUGCUAUCGUUGGUUGGGUGAAAGUAUACCUGCAAAACGAGCAACGUAAGACUGAUUUUAAACCUGAAAGCGACGUCGAUACUUUGAAUACUCCAGCUUGUUUAACAGUUGUUCAGUAUGUCACCGGAAUGAUCCGGCACAUUCGGAAUACAUUAGAUGGAAAAAAUUUAAAUAACGUUCUGACGGAACUUGGAGUUCGUUUCCACAAAACUAUUUACGACCACCUACAGCAAUUUCAAUUCAAUUCUGCUGGCGCGAUGUGUGCGAUAUGCGAUAUGAACGAAUAUCGUAAAUGCGUGAAGGAGCUUGAAGUCGAUCUUGUUACUUCCUUAUUCGAUACUUUACACGCUUUAUGUAAUUUAUUACUGGUUAAACCAGAAAACUUGAAACAAGUUUGUACCGGUGAUCAAUUGGCAACAUUGGAUCGAAAUGUUCUACUGAAUUUUAUACAAUUGAGAACCGAUUACAAAACACAAAAACUAGCAAAUUGCUUAAAAGGUUUAGCUACAUGAUACUUUUUUAUUUCCUGUAACGAUACUCGUGUGUUACUAGUUGGUAAUUGAAGUACAUUGAGCAAAAUGACUGAAACUAGAUGUAUAGUCAAAAUGACGGCAUUGCAUAAACUAAGGCUUAAUAAGCGAAGAUGUUGCUUUAGAUGUAAUAAUAAUGCUCCAUUAUCUAAUCAGUUGUACAAAAUUUCGUUAAAAAAAAAAUGCUUUGUUAGCUAAUGUGAAAUAUUAAACAGAGUAGUUUGUUUAUUUUUUAGGGUUUGACUAUAUGAGAAGAAAGAUGAAUAAAUUCUCUUUCUUUUCAUAGUUAUUUAAUAAACAUUUAUAUAUGUAUGUAGCAAAUGUAUUAAUUUUUAUUGGUAUAUAAGAUGGUCAUAAAAAAUUGCAGUUUUUUUUUCUUUUCUUUUCUUUUUUUUUUUAAUAAAGGGUUUCCUUACUUCAAGAGAAAUUGGUAUAUACAGAUAGUAAUUAAGUAUAAAAUUCAUUGUAGGUAUCAAAUCGUUUUCGUACCAACUAUUUUUUUUUCCCCAUUAUUCCUAAUAUAAAUUGAUAUCAGACAUUAGCCCAAAAUUUGGUAAUAUAUUUUGACAUAUUAUAUACCACUUCAAUUAAAGCAUAGUUUUCUCUGUUAUACUAAAUCCUGCAAUUAAUCUACAAUGUUGCGAGAGAGUACCUUCAUUUUAAAUGUAUUUCACGCAUAUAUAAGUUUAUAUUUUGGUUUUACAACUUAAUGAAUAUUUUUAUUAAAUAAACUGCCUUGUGAUCAAAGUAAUAAUACUAAAUUAAGAAAAAAAAAGAAAAUAUGGAGAAAACGUUAAAAUACUGUAUC